AUGGAGCCCAAGCUACAACAACAUACAAGUGACGAACCAAGUAAGCUAUCAUACCAAUUGAUAAAGCAGAUUACAAAUGAUUUCGAUGAGAAAAGACUACUUGGGAGUGGUGGAUUUGGAACAGUUUACAAGGGUGUACAUGAAAGUCAAGGAGAGAUUGCCGUGAAGGUACUACGACAUACCAUUUUGGGAUUAGAUGACAAGGAAUUUCAUAAAGAGUUCAACAAUCUCAGGGGGCUCAAGCAUCAAAAUAUUGUGAAGUUAAUUGGAUUCUGCCAAGAAUCAGAGGAAGAACUUGCAGAGUUUGAUGGAAAACAAGUUAGCGCAACACAUAUACAUAGGGCACUUUGCUUUGAGUAUGUACACAAUGGUAGCUUAAACAAGCAUAUUUCUGAUGAAAAUAAAGGAUUUAACUGGCACAUACGUUACAAAAUAAUCAAAGGGAUUUGUGAAGGUCUAAAAUAUCUUCGCGAGGGAUUGGAGCAUCCUAUAAUGCAUUUUGACUUAAAACCUGAUAAUAUAUUAUUAGAUAAGAAUAUGGUGCCGAAAGUCGCAGAUUUUGGUUUAUCAAAGCUCUUCGGUGAAGAAAACACACAAAAAACGAUGAGUUCCGUUGGUACAUGGUAA